AUGACUUCAUUUUUAAAAUAUGGAGAAGAUGUUGCUAGGAGACCUGUCAUGAUGAUGUGUGUUAUACUCACCACGCUUCCUAGCUUCAGCUUUUCCAUAGCAGUGACUGAGGUUCAAAAGAAUAUUAAUGGUUCCGCUGAUGUAUUACCUGAUACUUUACCUGACCUGCCGGUAUCUCUGGUUCUGUUAUGCUUGAUCGUGGUUGAUAUUAUUGAAAAACUCAGGAUAUAUCCUCUUAGAGGGAGUCUAAAGAGUAAUGAAGAUGGGCACAUCCACAUGACCUCUAUGCAACAGAUAAAAACCAUAACGGAGCAAGUGAAGCAAAGUGACGAAAACCCUGCAGGUCCCCAGGCAGCGGGGAGAACUGAGAUGUCCAGACCCCCAGGAACCACACAGUUUCCUGUGCCAUUAGCACCCCAGGAGCCUUCCUUUCCCUCGGGAAUCCUGAGAACAAUGUCCCAGCGAGAUGUCCGGGCAGAGAUAUUCCUGUGGAGUUUUCUGCUGUGGUCUGACACGAUAGAAAUGGUGCGUGUGGCCGGUCACCCCGCUGUGUACAAAUCCAGCUGGCUAUAUCCAGUCUACAUAUUCAGUUUUAUUUCUGUCCUUCGAAUGAUAUUCACCCCCCAAAACCCUCUUCUCAAUUCCCUGGGUGUCCUGCUGCAGGAUUUGCCCUUUAUCUUCGUGAGACUUGGUUUAAUCAUUGCUCUAGGGACUAUCACACCCGUUCUAGGCCUUUGUAAGAAUGUCCUAGUGACUGUCUCUUAUGUUUAUUUCAAUCACCUUACCAAACUCAGGAUUUUCUCCACUUUCGAAACGUCUUUAUUUUAA